AUGUCCCAACGGAGUCACGGUAGCACUUGUCUUUGUGCGACCCGUGACAAAAGGCAGAGAUACUGUUUAUUGAUCAAAGCUGUACUUGCAGUUCUGUAUACUGUUGCCAGCACUUUCCAACCGUUACCUCAAGACAUUUAUCGCUAUGAUUUGAAGGACCCUUUCAGUCUACAGAAGGGGUGGCUUUUGUGGGCAGAGAUUGGUCUUACUGGUGCAAUAGCUGCCAUCGCAGUGACAGGGGCUGCAGCGUCCUUGUUCAAGGGGGAGAGCCUAGAGAGAGAGGAGGACGCUCUAGUUAGCUUAUUUCCACUGAUUGGAUCUUCAAGUGUCAGGCACUUUACAAGCACUGCUUGCUUGUUGGGUGUCACUGGAGUUUUGGCUCCGAUUCUUGAGGAAACUAAGUUUAAACUAGUGUGUUGGAAAGUGGAGGCUGGAUUAACUAGUAAUCUGCCACCCAGGGUACCUACUCCAGUUGCUAUUGGAAUAAGUGCAGUUGUAUUUGCACUUGCACAUCUCACUCCGGAAGAGUUUCCCAGUUGCUCUGCUGUGGGAUUGUCAUAUGCUCAAACUCACAACCUUUUAACCCCCAUCACAAUAGAUGCUCUCUGGAACUCAGGAGUGAUAUUGCUUCUGACCUUCCUUCAUAUAAACAUGAUGAUGUCCGAGUAUUGA